AUGGACCAGCAAUGUACCUCGUUCAACGUCGUCGAGGCUAGUCUGGAAGACAUCCAAGCGGCGCUCACCAGCGGUGCCAUGACCUGCGUGCAGCUCGUCGCCGAAUACCUGCGCCGAAUCAGCGUCUACGACUGCCGCGGCCCCAGCCUCAACUCGAUCCCGCUCAUCAACGCGCGCGUCUUUGACGAAGCGGCCGCCUCGGACGACCGGCGCGCAGCCGGCGCGUCCCUCGGACCGCUCGACGGCGUCCCGUACACGGCAAAGGACAGCUACAAGGUGCAGGGCAUGACCGUGGCCAACGGCGCGCCGGCCUUUGCGGACCUGCUCUCCAGCACCGACGCCUUUACCAUCCAGGCCCUGCGCGCCGCCGGCGCCGUGCUCGUCGGCAAGACCAACAUGCCGCCGAUGGCGGCCGGCGGCAUGCAGCGCGGCGUCUACGGCCGCGCCGAGAGCCCGUACAACGCAGACUUUCUCGCGGCUGCGUUCGCCUCCGGGUCGUCCAACGGGAGCGCCGUGUCGACGGCCGCGUCGCUGGCGGCCUUUGGGCUCGGCGAGGAGACGGUUUCGUCGGGAAGGUCGCCCGCCUCCAACAAUGCCGUCGUCGCGUACACGCCGUCUAGAGGCAACAUCUCCAUCCGGGGCAACUGGCCGCUCUAUUCCCUCUGCGACGUCGUGGUGCCGCAUACGCGUUCUGUGAGCGACCUCUUUGGCCUGCUCGACGUCAUCACGCAGCCUGAUAGCGUCACAAAGGGCGACUUUUGGAGGCAUCAGACUCUUAUUGCAUUGCCCCAGCCAUGGCAGGAUAAGCCCGCUUCGUUUUAUGAUUUGCGGAAGCGACCCGUCAUGCGGAAUCUGCGCAUUGCUGUGCCGGACCUGUACACGCUGGGGACAAACCAAGGCGGCGACGACAUGGACGGCGUUUACGUCUCCGACGCCGUGCGGGAGCUUUGGAAACGCGCCCAGUCUGACUUGGAGAGUCUCGGCGCCCAAGUUCUUUCCGUGCCCGACUUUCCGGUAGUGACAGAGUACGAGGCCCACGCCCACAUUGGCUCCGAAGACAAGCUUGGCCUACCCAAGUACUGGAAGCAGGUCGAGCGCGCUCAGCUGCCUGCCCUGGCGUGGCACGAGUUCCUGCAGGACAACGGCGACCCCAACAUGAACUCGCUGGACGGCAUCGACCCGCAGCGCAUCUGGCCCUUUCGAGACAAAUCAGAUCCGCAGGCCCGGUUCUUCAAGAUGGAAAACGCCGUGCUCUGGGACAACCUGAGCGGAUACGUCGAGGAGCUGGGCGCGCAGCAGCCUCCCGUCCGGACGCAGUACGAGCUGCCAGGGCUGGAGCAGGCCCUGAUCGCCGUGGAAGCGUUGCGAAAGUCGCUUCUAGAAGACUGGAUGUCAGCAAACGAAUUCGACUUUGUCGUCUUCCCGGCUGUCGGAGAUGUAGGGUACGCCGACGCCGACGUCUGCGAUGAGCACGCCCGGCACGCCUGGACCAACGGCGUGAAAUACAGCCACGGAAACCAGGCCCUGCGCCACCUCGGCAUUCCCAGCAUCACAGUACCGAUGGGAAUUUUGGCCGACAAGUCGAUGCCGGUCGGGCUGACCAUCAUCGGCAAGGCGUACGACGACGUUCGGAUUCUGCAGCUCGGCUACGCGUACGAACAGGCCAGCCAGAGGAGAACGGCCCCCGCGCUGACGCCUGCGCUCCCCAAUACCGUGUUCAAGCUCCAGGGGCAACAUGAGCGACCGCGUUUGGAGAGCGUCGAGUGCAGCGCCUCGACGGGGGUGGGCGGCGGUGCCGGGACAGUGCAAGUGUCCAUCUCGGGGACAAUCGACCCCGCGCAGCGGGAUGGAAAGCGACCUGUCCUUCAGGUGUACGUUGACGGCCAGAUUGUAUCGGCGGCGGAUAUUCAGAUAGCUGAGGACAGCUUGCCCGUAUACUCGUGGAGCUGCAGCGUGAGCGUGCCGCGACGACCUGAGCGAGCGGCGCGAGAGACGGUUGAGGGGAGCAUUGCGCGAGACAAGAUGGUGAUCAUGGUAUUGGCCUCGAUCGGGUACGGAAGACCAACCGGAUGGUUGGGCUUUAUAGAAUGA